GAUAUGGACAUUGCGCACAAUUUUUCCUAUGUUUUCUUUUUUGAGAAAAACUGGCAAGAGGCUGCAUUUUGGAAGUAUAUGGUUGAACGUUGGACAGAUAGCUUCUUUUAUUCUGUGAUUUAUGUGGUCCUUAUUUUUGGGGGACAGUAUGUCAUGCGAACGCGUCAAAAAUUUGAUUUGCGUUCUGCCCUUGCCAUGUGGAGUGGAACUCUGGCAGUGUUUAGUAUAGCAGGUGCCAUAAGAACCAUUCCAGAACUAGUCUCUGCAUUACGAAAUCAUGGAAUGCAAUAUUCUAUUUGUGUUCCAACAUAUUUCAAUGGUGUGACCAGCUUUUGGGCGUUUAUGUUUACAGUAUCCAAGGUAUAUGAACUUGGUGACACAAUAUUUAUAGUGUUAAGAAAACAACAAUUGAUCUUUCUACAUUGGUAUCACCAUAUAACUGUACUAUGCUAUGUAUGGUAUAGCUAUACUGAUCAUACAGCGCCAGGAAGAUGGUUUAUGGUUAUGAAUUACACUGUUCAUUCAGUCAUGUACACUUAUUAUGCUCUCAGGGCACUGAAGAUCCAUGUUCCUAAGAGAAUCAACAUUUUGAUAACAACUUUGCAACUGAUGCAGAUGAUUAUGGGAUGUGUUAUCAAUUAUAUGAUAUACAGUAUCAAGAACCGUGGCGAAUUUUGUCAGCAGACCUAUACUAACUUGCGCUACUCUUCCAUGAUGUACUUUAGCUAUUUUGUGCUCUUUGCACAUUUUUUUUAUAAUACAUAUUUAUCGUCCAACAAAAGAUCUGUUAAAAAGGGUCAAUAAUGGCGAACUUAGGCACAACUAUGUUAUAUUAUUAUUGAUGAAUAUCAGUAUAUAUGUGAAUGCUUGAAUGACUUAAUUUAAGAGCUUGAAUGUGUAUAAACACGACAUGUAUUUGACAACAACGCUCUUCAAUUGCACAUUCAAUUGUAUGCUUUAGGCUUAUGUCUGUAACGAGUUGGGGCAACUUUUUUGUAAACGAAAAAGGUCUUGAGAAAUUUAUAUUCUUUUACGAUAUGAAUCCCUCUGUUUUGUCCUGGUGAUUGUGUAUAUUGAUUGUUGCCGGUUUUAUAAUAUGUCUUCGAGAGCUUAGAAAUCUCACCUUCCUUGAUUUUGCUUUGCUUGAAACAUUUGUUACUGAAAACUUCAGAUCAAGUGAAUCAGGCAUUUCUGU